UCGUCGCGUCUCGCUUUACCGUGCAGCCAAUUGGUCGAGGGGAGUAGGUUAAAUUGAGAAUCUUAUUUUUGUUCCUGUGUCAACGAAAAGAAGAAAAGAGCAGUUGCUAACCUUGCUUAUAAUUGUCAACGGGCUUUCAAACGUUUACAUACAAUUACAUUUCACCGUGACGACUGAAAGAAACCAAGUCAACCAGAUCAAACAUUUUGCGAAACAAUGAACUCCAAUGUGGAGAACUUACCCCCUCAGGUGCUUCGUUUGGUUUACAAAGAGGUUUCAGAUUUGGCUGCUGACCCCCCUGAGGGCAUUAAGAUCUAUCCCAGCGAUGAAGACAUCACUGAGUUGCACACAGCCAUUGAAGGGCCAGAGGGAACUCCGUUUGCUGGUGGCAUUUUCCGCAUGCGUCUGGUCCUUGGGAAGGACUUCCCCGCGGUUCCACCCAAGGGCUACUUCCUGACCAAGAUUUUUCACCCAAACGUGGGCCAUAAGGGGGAGAUCUGUGUCAAUGUGCUGAAGAGGGACUGGAAGGCUGAGCUGGGCCUCAGACAUGUCUUACUUACCAUCAAGUGUCUUCUCAUCCACCCCAACCCUGAGUCGGCCCUGAACGAGGAGGCCGGACGCUUACUGUUGGAGGAUUAUGCCGAAUACGCCUACCGUGCGCGCCUGCUCACGGAGAUCCACGCCAUGGGCGGACACGGCGGCACCUCGGGGGUACCGCAGGACCCCAGCGACGGCCCGCAGCCCAAGAAGCACGCCGGAGACCCCACCAAGAGGCUAGUGGCUCCCGGCGCAGCCUCCGUGGCGGCGCUAGGUAACGGUGCUAACGGUGCCACCACCACGUCCAGCAAUGCCAGCAGCAGUACCAGCGCCGCCGGGAAGAAGAAGGCCGACAAAAAGCGGGCGUUACGGCGACUCUAAUACCUCCACUAGUGUGUGUGUGUGUGUGUGUGUGUGCGCGCGUGUGCGUGUGUGUGUGUGUGUGUGUGUGUGUGUGUGUGUGUGUGUGUGUGUGUGUGUGUAAAUACAUUGAAGCGUGCAGAUAUUUGUUCCUUUUUUCUGACUUUCUAUGCCCCCUCCCGCCCGGACUUCCCACUUUGUACAAAUGUCUUUCAACUUUUAACCACCGAUUUGGCUUUUUUCAUGAACCCAUGUUUUGUUUUUAAAGGAAAGGACAAAUGUUUCCUGUUGAGUCUGAACUGAAUGGGCUACCUGGUUUGAGGCUGUAGGCAGUGCAUCUGGUGUCUUGCGAUGAAUUGGUGACUUUGAUCUUGUGUUUUGCCUAAUCAAUGGUCUUCAAUAUGGCUGUGGCGAUCACUAUGUCUUUGUCUCAACCAGACUGGACGAAAUCCACUGGUAUAGACACAAUUUAUUAGAAAUUGGCUAUUCGUCGAGGAACUGUGAAGUGGUCAGGCUCCAUUUUAAUCCAUUUUGAAGAGUGUGAAGCAAAUCAGACAAAAUGGUGACCUUAUUCUAUGGUUUUAUAAUGCAAAUAUGUCUAAGAUGGGGAUGACAAAAUGGCGAUCUGUUUUUUCAUAAUUAUGGUUUAACCCCCCUUUUUUUUCUCAAUUGUCUCAUUGUCCAGUAUUUUCUAAUGUGGUUUUAAAUGAAUGUUUCUAUUCAACUGUCUUAGUGUGUGUGUGGGUGUGUAUGUAAUGAUCUAGACAAGUGGCUGGGAGGGAACGGGGUAUUAUGCAUACUUUUAAAGGGUUCAAGUCUAGAGUUGUAGAACUAGUCAUCCAGUGGUGUUACUGGUUUAAACAUACUCUCUGGUUCCCUCUGAAGCCAUAUGUGCUGUUGAUAUGCCCAUCUCUACCAGCCUCGAGGGUGCCAGAGAAAAUCUUCAUAUUUGACAACAAAAAGGGAUGAAUCCCUACCUGAUGCACUGUUUGACAAGUUUUCUCAGGCAGUUUUUCUGCCUUGGUUUCAAAUGCAUGUUGGGAGCUAUAUUUCCCAAGGAAACAAUCUCAAGUACUGUCUUUCACUGGGGUGGAGAAGAUGCCCUGAAAACACUUGUCAUUGUGCAGGCUGUUGGUUGGGAAUUUUUUUGUGUCAACUAUAAGUUAUUUAAAUUAAUAAAAAAUGGAAUUAUUUGAAGAGUCGAGCAAAUUUGUUG